AUGCCCACCAUUGACAUGUUGGCAGAGUAUGGCUUCGUGCCAGCGUACAACCCUCAUGAUACUGUCAUACUCUUCCCCAGCUCUGCUCGUCUGGUGGAGUAUGCAGUGCAACAGACGCACCCCACUCAACCGCACCCCACCCAGUCACACCCUGCUUAUGCAACACUGAGGGGGGCACUGAGGGUUGCGGCGUCGGUGAGGGAGGUGGUGGAGAGGAUGAGAGAGGAGAGGCGGACAGGGGUGCAGAAGGGACAGGGGCGGGCGGAGGAAGAGGGGGAGGGGCAGGAGGCGCAGGGGAAGAGGGGGCAAGGUGGGGACGGAAAAGGGGAGGAGGCGCAGAGGGAGGAGGGGCAGGGGGAGGAAGGGCAAAGGGUUGGCACGAGUGGGGAUGGCAGCACGGGUGGGGAGUGGUGGGAGGGGAUGGAGAGCGAGGAGGAGUUUGAGAGCGCAAAGAAGCAGCUGGUGGUGUGGGCGGGCGGGCAUGCGAGCCCUGAGAUGCUGGCCAUGGCUGCUGCUGUGUGGCACUGGAUAGACACAGGCCGAGAGUUGGAUGCGGAACAGCUCGCCACGGCAGCCAUGCAUCUGAGUGCACCCAUCUUGGACAAUGGGAAACCCUUUACUGAUGAUGACUAUGAUGGUGGUGCUGGUGAUGGUGAUGAUAAUGCAGCAGAGGAAACAGAGCCAGAUUCACGCGGUACAGAGGAUCAAGAAGCUGAAUCCAGCACAGCAGACGAACCCCAUGACAUGGCAGCACAGGCUGCUGACACGUGGCAGCAGCUGGCCCAGUCCACGUCAGCAGACAUCCUAUCCUCCCUGUCAGCAGCAGCAUGCGCAAUCCAGCAGCGGGUGAGAGCCCUAUUGGGCGUGGGGCUGACAGGCGAGGAGAAGAGGCGGGCAGCGAGAGAGGCUUCUGAAGCAGAGUCGAGGCUGUCAGGAGGAUGGUCUUUCUCAACGGAUUACUAUGAGGAUGAGGAUAGGUUGAGGGAGCUGGUGGCGUGUCGAGGGGGCAGGUACAGGAGUGCGAGUGAGAUCCUGGCAGGGGACAGCGGGGAAGCGAGUGGUGAGGAGGAUCGGGGAAGCAGGGAGGGGGACGCGGACGAGGGCGAGCAAACAGAUGGCUCGGCAGGCGGUUCGGCAGGUGGUUCGGCAAACAAGCCGGUGUGUUCACCUGGUGUGAUGCGGUGGGUGCAUGAGAGGGAGACAGUGCUGCAGUUCCGGAUGGUGAAGAAGUCGAUUCUGAGUGAGGCAGAUGUCGCCAUGGGUGAGUGGUGCCGCAGCAUGGGGCGUGCUGCCAGUUAA